AUGCAAUAUUAAUAAGAUGAAGCUAAUCAUUAUCAGUCUAUUAUUGAGUUAUAUUACAAAGAGGCAGAACUAAGUAAUGAAAAUAGGACAAAGGAAAAUUAGGCAGCAACCAAAAUUUCGUAAUGGUAGAGGAUGCAUGUAAAGAGAAUUAAGUAUCUCAAAAUUAGAUAUAAUACUAUUAUUAUUUAAAAGUUUGCUAGAGGUUACUUGGCAAAGAUGUUAAUGAAGAGAAACAGUGAUAAUAGAUAUAAUGAUAGAAAUCUGAAAUACUUCAGCUAUUAGGCAACAUAAAUACAGAGAUAUUUUCGUGGAUUUCAUUAUAGAAAAUAUUAUCUAAAUUGGGCAACAAGAAAAGAAUAUUUGGCUUUCUUAAAAAGAAAAAAUGAAACGUUUUUGGAAGAACUCAGGAGAGUGGAAUAAGAGGAGGCAUAAUAAUUGAAAAUUAGACAAGAAUAAUUGGCUAGGACUGAGUUUGAGUCUUUGGCACGUAAUUUGCAUCAUCUUUCAUCAACAUAAUCGAUUUCAGGUAUCUACAAUAGACCUUUUGGAAAUAGGGAUAUUGUUUUCGAUAUGGAUGUUGAAAGUCACUUGAAAAUUGUGUUCCAUAGCAAUUAUGAAUGGGAGAAGUCAAAAUAGAUGUCAAGGUAUACGAGAACUAAGAAAUUGAGUAUGACGACCAAAUUAAAACCUUUGAAAUAAUGA